UAAUGUAUCCCAAAAACCAUAAGGAUUUCUAUUUUCUACCCAAAAUCAACAUCAACCUGACAAUCCUUCCAAAAAUCAAUCCAAGGAAUCAUAAACAAAAAUUUCCUCUCUUUUUCUUCUUGAAAGCUCUCUUUUUUCAUUCCUUUUUGGUGUUAUCAAACUUGGAACUAGACCACACAAAAUGGAAUCCUAGCCAUCUUGUGGAACAACACACGUACGUUUGUCACUUACCAUACAAAAGAAGAAAAAACACCCACUUGAAAGUUUUGAAAGAGAUGGCGUGUAAACCAACUCCCCACCCAUUCUCUUCUUGCUUUUAUUCCCACACAAACCCUUUCUCCAUGUAAAUGUUAAUCUUCAGUCUUCUCUUUCAACCAAAAGGAAUCAGCUAAGGAAGCAGUAGAAGAAGAAGAAGAAGAAGAAGAAAGAAGGGCUUUGGUUUCAACUUCAUGAACGUUGAACCCACAAAAAUGACCCACCACAAUCCUGUCCAGGCCGUUGAACGAGCUCCCCAGCUUUCGGAAAAACCCAACAAAAGUCAGCUGCCUGACGAUGUUGUCCAUGUUGAGACAGGAAGUUCAGAGAUGGAAACCUGCCAAUAUGAUAGUGAUGGAAAUGAUAGAGUACUUAAUAAUAACGAGGGAAGCUCGUUACAGGGUCGUCGGACUUCAGUUCCAGUAGUAGUUGAGGUUACAAAAGAAGCAAAGAGGGUUGAAGAGUCGUUGGAAGAACAUAAUGGACGAGAGAGACUGAAGAGGCGUAGGAUUGAAGUGGCAGGCAGGGUUUGGAUUCCUGAAAUAUGGGGUCAGGAAGAGCUUUUGAAAGAUUGGAUUGAUUGUUCUGCAUUGGAUGCUUCUUUGGUUCCCAGUGGGAUUAUUUCAGCUCGUGCAGCUUUGGCUGAAGAAGGAAGAAGAGCAAAUUCAGGCGGAUUUAGAAUAGAAAACAGGUGUUAAUUAUAUUAAAUCUUUUGUAUGUUUUACUCUACUUGUUCUUACUUCUUUCUUCCCCGGAAUUCUUCCACGGCCAAUUGUGUUACUAAAACUCAUGUCCUAGACCAGAUCGGAAAAGACAACCGGUGUCUAACAUGAAUCAGCUGGCUGCC